CGCGCGCGCAGGUUUAUAAGCAGAGCGCCGCGAGCGCACAGAUACUUCUCCAGAGCGCACAAGCAGAGGUUGAUGCAUCCGAUCAAUAUCAAACAGAUCUGCCUGUUUUCAAUGUGUCCCGUCAUGGAGCAGAGCGUCAAAGCGGCCGCAGCCCUGCAGGUGAUCCAGACGCGCAGCUCGCCCAGCGUCCUGCUCGCGUACAAAAGCGCGACGCAAAGACUCGGCGCGACCGGGUUCAGCGUCAGCACGCUCUCCAAAGCAGGACUGGGAAUCCUCAAACUGGCCACGACGCAGCUGAAGCAGCAGGAGCAGAAGGCGCGGGUGGUGCGCGCGUCCAGUCUGGGUAAAGCGCACCCCGCGUCCGUCGAUAAAAAGUCCCCUCUGGACCAGCUGGCCGCGCUUGUCCUGCACGGCAACGCGCGCCUCCCGCCGCUGGCGAACGAGUCGCAUGUCGCCAAGCCGCAGAACUGCAGGCGCAUCGUGGUGCUCGGCGCGCCGCGCGUCGGGAAGACCUCCAUCCUGCGCCGCUUCCUGCGCGACGGCUUCGAGGAGCGAUACGAGCCCACGAGUGAGGAUUUCCACCGGAAACUCUACCAAAUCCGCGGAGAGACUUAUCAGAUAGACAUACUGGACGCGUCCGGAGAGAGGAGCUUUCCCGCCAAGAGGAGGCUGUCCAUCCUGACCGGUGAUAUAUUCCUGCUUGUCUUCAGUCUAGACGACCGCAGCUCGUUCGAGGAAGUGCGCGCUCUGCACGCCGAGAUUGUCGCGGCCAAAACCGCGUUGCACCGAUCCAAACAGAAAGCGUGCGUGCCGACGGUGGUCUGCGCGAACAAAGUGGACUUGCCCUCCGAGCAGCACGCGGUGUCUCGGACAGAGGUGCUCCGUGCGCUCGGUAACGGCUGCGCUCUGUUCGAGACCUCCGCCAAAGACAGCGUCAAUCUGGAGCAGGUGUUCGAGGCUCUGGCGCGGCGCGGCGGUCUCCCCCUCGAGACCGGACCCUCGCAGCACCGCAAGGUGUCCAUCCGCUCGUACCAGGCGCUGCGGGCGGAGAGAGGGAGCACAGCGGCGGCGUGCGACGCUCCGUGCGGCGCUCUCUACCCGCUGGCCCGCAGACCGAGCUUCGGCACCGACCUGCGGCUGGUCCUCGGGCCCAAAGCCAGCAGAAAACAGAGCAAAGCGCUGGACAAGUGUCAGAUUCAGUGAAACAAGUCAGACUGAGAGAAAGAGAACCGCUUUCAACAAAGAACACUGAGGAUAUUGCAGAUACUUUGAUACGUGUUUACCAAAAACAGCACAUUCUAUUCAUGGAGAUGGGUCAGAAUAAGCUUAUUCAUUCAGUUUUCAGAUGAUAUAUAAAUCUCAAUGAAAAAGAGACCUUUAUUACUUGUUUUGUGGUCCAGGGUCACAUACUGUAUAUAUAGAAUUGACCAUUGCAUUUUAAUCCUGGCCUGUAAAAUGCAUCAUGUUGCAUAUGCUGACAUAGCAAAGCCAUUAAAAUGUUUGUCACUGAUGUACAGAGUCAUUUUAAUUCUACUCAGUGCAUUUUAAUGUGUGAGGAACUAUGAGACAUUUAAAGUAAACUUUAGGUUUAACACCACAGAUCCCCACUGUAAACCCCCUGUUGAAGAUCUGCCAUAUUUAAUGACUUGAAUGAAAAUACUGUGAUUACGUCUGAGACAUGAUGAACCGAACUGACUUGAGGCCGCUUUUAUCAGAGCCUCGUUUAUGUCUUUCUGAUGAAGAUCCACUGAGAAUGAUUGAAAAGCCUGUUAAGCGACUGCAGUUUGUCUGAAUGCACGAGAUACUGUAUAAUAUGUAUAGACAUUUGAAAUAAAACAUUUUCAUACAAAGCGUGUCGUCAUGAGUCAGCC